UAAUUUGUUUUUAUUUAUUUCUUUCUUUUGAUUAUUUCUUGAUUAGUUAGGAACUAAUUAGAGUUUUUAGAGAAGUUAUAUAAUUAAAUAAUAUUUGGAUUAUUUUAGUAAUUUUUUUAGACUCUAUCAAAAUAAAUAAUUAAAAUGAAACUUACUAAUAAAAUGAAUUAAUUAUACAUAUAAUAUUUUACUUAUAUUUGAAAUGAAAUAUGUUAUCAUGGAGUUCCCAGCAUAUCUUCAAUUUAAGUAAACUAGGUUAUUUUAUUAAUCCAUUGAAUGUGAAUCCUCAAAUGGAUUUAAUCUCAAAAAAUAUACGGAAUAGAUAUACUGUUAAUUAAUAUUUUAAUUUUUGUACUUACAAUUUUAGUUGAAAUUUUUUGAGAUGUGAUUGUUGAAGGUCUCCUUAGGCGUUGGGCGAACAAUGAAAAUAAGAUGGUGGUCGUGUUGGCAGCGGCUGAUGAUGGUGGUUUUCGUGGUGGUUGCUUUGAUCUUAGAUAUGACAACCUCUGACCCACAAAUUUAUUUGAUCCAUAAAGCAUGCAGCGGAACCCCUGCCUCGGUCUUCACCAACCUGAACAGCAUGGACUCCUUCUUCGCAGAUAUUCGAAGAGAGCUUUCCAAUAAGGACACGCACUAUGCCAUCAGAGAGACUGCCCUUGGUGACUUCCCUACAGUCUAUAUCAUGGUUCAGUGCAGGAUCUACCUCUCUGCUGCUGAUUGUGUCGGUUGCUUUGAUACCGCGGUGUCGGAGUUACGUACCUGCCCGUCUUCCAUAGGUGCUCAUAUCACCUACGAUGGCUGCUUCCUCAGGUAUGAGAUCUACAAGUUUGAUGACCAGGCAGUCCAGGCUGAGGCGGCUCCUCAUCGGAAAUGUGGCAAUCAAAGUGAAUCUCAGGCAACUGCUUUUAAUGCAGCUGUAAAACAAUUAUUAGCUGAUCUUAAAGUCGCGACACCCAAGAUUAUUAAUGGUUCAUUUGCAGCAGCAAAGAGUGAAGUGGCUGGUGGUAGUGCAGCAGUGUACGCGGUGGCACAAUGCAUUAAAACAUUAAAUGAGAGUAGGUGCCAAUAUUGCUUGACAGUGGCACAUGACGACUUAUAUUAUUGUGUACCAGCUGCAUACGGUAGGGCUUUUGAGGUCGGGUGUUUCCUAAGGUACUCGAAGACCCCUUUUUUCGCAGAUAACCAGACAAUAAAUAUCACCCAUUUCCUUGGAGGAGGGUCAACUGGAGAUAACGGGAGAACCCCUUUCCUUGGAGAAGGAUCAGGAUCAGCUAGAGAUGGGAACAAGCAUAGAUUAGCGAUUAUCAUAGGUAACAUAAUAAUAGAAAAAUAAUGUCUCUAUGCUCCUUACAUUUUAUUUAGCAUUCCAGGAAGACAAUCUUGCAAAUACUGCAUAUAA